AUGGCCUUCAUGAGAUCAUUAUCGGAUCCAAAAGAGGCCUCUCCCCGAAUUUGGUUCGGUCCUUAUGAGAAUGGCAACGAGUUUUAUUUGAUUUCCUUCCUUCGUCGCGUCGUUCAUGUAAAUGACCUUCUGCUGCCUGCCGGUUCCGCUCUGAACAUCAAUUCUUCACCAAAAUUUACGACUUCAACAAAGCCAGAGAGGCCUUUGCGUGGGGGCAGAGGGGUGCAGGUCGUCGUUGGUCAUUACAAUGGUAAUCUACCACAGGAGAAGCUGAGGAACCUUACAGAUGAAAGUGAAUGGAGAGCAGGAGAACGACUGAGGCUAAAGUUCUUUUCAGAAGAAAUCAACGCAAAUAAUUUCAAUCCAAUUGGUUGGGGUGAAGGAGGAGAGCCUGUUCGAUUGUCAAAGGAGGAUGAACGUCUAUCGGAUGAAACAUUCGGAAUCAAUCAGUUCAGCCUCUUUGUGAGUGACCGUAUUGCCUUGAAUAGAUCACUGGACGAUUACCGGAAGCCCUCGUGCCGAGUCAAAAAGUAUAGAGACGUCUCCGAGUUGCCAUCCACUUCCGUGAUUAUCGUCUAUCAUAACGAAGCCUUCUCGACGCUACUUCGUACUACUCAAAGUGUCGUCAACCGAUCACCACGAGCACUCCUCAAAGAAAUCAUUCUCGUUGACGAUUUUUCGAAUAGAACUUUCCUCAAAUAUCCAACAUUAGACGAAGCAGUACGGGAUUAUCCUGUACCCGUGAAAAUUCUACGAACGAAACAACGAGUAGGACUGAUCAGAGCAAGGCUAAUGGGAGCACAGGAGGCGAUAGGCGAUGUGCUUACAUUUCUCGAUUCUCACUGUGAAUGCACCGAAGGAUGGUUGGAGCCAUUGCUCGACCGUAUCAAGGAUAAUCGAAAAGCAGUCGUUUGCCCAGUCAUCGAUGUCAUCAACGACCGAACUUUUCAAUAUCAAAAAGGCCUUGAUGUAUUUCGUGGUGGUUUCAACUGGAACCUUCAAUUCAGAUGGUACGCUAUUCCAUCCGAUAUGGUAAAGAAACGACUGGCCAACCCAACUGCCCCGAUACCAUCACCAACAAUGGCUGGUGGCCUGUUCAGUAUCGAUCGCCAUUACUUCGAAGAACUAGGCACUUACGAUCAUGGAAUGGAUAUAUGGGGUGGAGAGAACAUCGAAAUUUCUUUCCGAAUUUGGCAGUGCGGAGGACGAGUGGAAAUUCUUCCUUGCUCUCAUGUUGGGCACAUUUUCCGUCAUAGUUCACCUCAUGACAUUCCAGGAAGCUCUUCGGGAAAAGUCCUGGACGGUAAUAUGGUCCGGGUGGCGGAAGUCUGGAUGGACGAGUGGAAGUUUCUUUUUUACAAAUUGGCACCCCAGACAGGGAAACUGAGAACUUCUGUGGACCUGAGUGAACGUCUCGAACUUCGACGUCGUUUGGGAUGUAAAAGUUUUCGGUGGUAUCUUGAAAACGUGUUCAUCGAUCACCAUUUACCCAUGACGGGCGACUUUUUUGGCCGGAUACAAUUUCCGGCUGACACUUCCAAUGGAACAUGCCUAGCAUGGGCCUUAGCCAUGUCUGGUAUCAAAAAAGCUACUCAGGCAUCUUGUACGGACAACAUUGACAGAGCUCAGAUUUCCUUAGUCUCCUAUCAAUUGUGCAUGGUUAAUCGGCCAGGAGAGCCAGGAACUAAGAAACACCGGCUGAUUAUGGCUCCCUGUACGUUGGGGUUCGAUCAUUGGCAGUUUUGGAUCUACACAAAGAAUGGACAUCUGAAAUCUGAUGAACACAUGUGCCUCACAGCUAAUCAGGUGGUCCACACCAAUGGUGAAUGGAUGGUUCAGUUAAAGGAAUGUGCUGGUUACGACACGGAACUCUGGGAAUACAACAGAAAGAGGCACACAUUCAAACAUCGUAAAAGUGGUUUGUGCUUAACUCAGCGAGAUCCCGACAUGGAAAAGGUGGACAAUCUAUCACCACCAACCCUUACAUCAUGUGGUCGUGGUCAUGAACAACAGGUGAGAGGGCUUCAUAGACGUUCGAUUGCCUUAAAGGCUCAAUACACAAGUAAAAAUAUUGUCUAG